CAGUUUGGCACAUCACAUUCUGUAAGUCUCUCCCCAAACCAACAAAGCCAAUAAGUCAUUGGGGUGUGGUGGUGGGGUGUGGUGUGGAGCAAAACAAAACAAAGUCACCAAAGCAUAGGACUCUUCAAAACCUUUGGAGCUAGACAUUAGAGUUUUCUUGUGCAUAAGAAGAAGCCCCUCCUCUGGAUCAAGCAUGAACAAGGACAACCACAGAUAUCUCAAACUCUUCUGGGGAACUUCUAAUCAACACAAGUUUAAGAAGCCAAAAGCUACAACAAAAACAGUUACUACCACCGUGAUUGUGGUGUUUUGCUUAGCAGCAACUUUCUGUGCUUUAGCAGCCUGGAUUUCCUCCCCAUUUGCAGGUGCUUGCAUUCCAAACCAGAACCUCCCAGCCACUCACCUAGCCAAACCCCAAGAAUCACAAGAGUUUUCUCUUAGAUGCACCAAAAGUAAGAACAACAAAGAGACAAAACAAACCUGCCCAAGAGACAACUACCCCACCUCACAUAGCCCUAGCAAUCCACAGAACCUGACAUGUCCCUCAUACUUCAGAUGGAUCCAUGAAGAUCUAAAACCAUGGAAAGAGAAAGGAGGGAUCACAAGGCAGAUGUUGGAAGGUGUAAGAAGGACAGCACACUUCAGGCUUGUGAUUGUGGAUGGGAAAGUGUAUGUGGAGAAGUUUAGACAGUCUAUUCAGACAAGAGAUGUGUUUACAUUGUGGGGAAUUUUGCAGCUUCUGAGAGUGUACCCUGGAAAGUUGCCUGAUUUGGAGCUCAUGUUUGAUUGUGAUGACAGGCCUGUCAUUCACUUGGCCAAUUUUCAAGGCCCAAAAGCUGCCCCACCACCAUUGUUUAGAUAUUGUUCUGAUCAGGGGAGCUUGGAUAUUGUUUUCCCUGAUUGGUCCUUUUGGGGAUGGGCUGAGACAAAUAUAAGGCCAUGGAGAGAGGUCCUGAAAGAUAUCAAAGAAGGAAACAAGAGGACCAAGUGGGAGGACAGAGUACCCUACGCUUAUUGGAAGGGAAACCCUCAUGUGGCUCGUACUAGGCAAAACCUUCUGAAAUGCAAUGUUACUCCACAAAAUGACUGGAACACUCGCCUAUACAUACAGGACUGGUCACAAGAAUCUAAUCAAGGGUACAAGAAAUCCAACGUAGCGGACCAAUGCACUCAUAGGUAUAAGAUAUACAUAGAAGGAUGGGCUUGGUCUGUUAGUGAGAAAUACAUUAUGGCAUGUAAUUCUAUGUCAUUAUAUGUCAAGUCUAGCUACCAUGACUUUUUCAUCAGAGGCAUGAAGCCAUUACAGCACUAUUGGCCCAUAAGAGACAACAGCAAAUGCACAUCUCUUAAGUAUGCAGUGGAAUGGGGCAACAACCACACUGAUAAGGCACAAGCAAUAGGGGAGGCUGCUAGCAGAUUCAUACAAGAGGACUUAGACAUGGAUCAUGUAUACGACUACAUGUUUCAUCUACUGAAUGAAUAUGCAAAGCUCUUAAAGUUCAAACCAACUGUCCCUCCAGGAGCUGUGGAGUUUUGUCCUGAAACAUUGGCAUGUGCUGUAAAUGGUACACAGAGAAGGUUCAUGGAGGAGUCAAUGGUGAAGUUUCCUAGUCACUCAAAUCCAUGCACUAUUCCUCCUCCAUAUGAUCCUUCAACCUUCCAAAGCUUUCAAGAGGAAAAAGCUAAUGCAACAAGACAGGUUGAAAUUUGGGAAGAUAAAUACUGGCUUAAGAAAAAUUAGGGACAAUAAUAUGCACAAUUUGGCAUAGUUUUUUUGUAUUGUUGAGAAAAAUUGCCCUUGUAUUAAAUUAACACAUCAGCCUGUAUCGAUCAUUUUCAGAAAUCUCCCCAACAAAUAAAAGUAGAAAAUAUUGUUUUUUGAAAGUAAGUAGAAAAUAUUGUUAAUGUCGUGUCUUAUACAUUCAUAUUUAGCACCAA